AGAGAGAGAGAGGGAGGAGGAGAAAGAGGGGGUUGGCACUAGUGUGAUGUGAAUGGAAUAGAAUCAGCACGAGAAGGAGAAAGAGGGAGGAGGACAGCACAAAUCAACCUGCCUCUUGACUCCAACAGCAGAAUAGAGGAGCCGGCACAGACACACACAGAGAGAGAUCGGGAAGUGUGUGUGUGUGUGCGGUGCGUGUUUAAAUUGUAUUUCUGGACAGAGGAAGAGGACGGGAGGAACUGAGGGAGGAGGAAAGCAGCCUCACCGUGGAGAUAGAUAGCAGAAACAUGCUGUCACGGGGAGAGAAGGGGAGGGAGUCGGCGGAGAGGAACAGGAUGAGACAAGGCAGGGUCGAGCAGAGCUGAAAUGUGGAGGUGGGCAGGGGACGAAACCAAAAGGGAAGCUGCAGGCACUGAAGAGUGCAGGGGAACGGAUGCCAUGUUACAGGGGCUGAUACACAAAGAGCCUCUUCUGCACAGUGGACAGAGAGUUUGGCUUCAGUGAUGAUCCCUACAUCCUCACGCCACAGGAAGGAGCAUCCCACAUCCGGAUUCACAGCAAAACACACAUCUGCACAACUGGACGGAACCUUGCAACGAGAAACAGCCGAGAAUUGCCUUCAGUCGUUUACGUUUACGCUCAUUGUGACUUCAAAGUGUGGCACCUCACGCAGAUGUCUAUGAGAGCCCAGGGGGUCGAGACGGUUCAGCCAUCUGAAGUGGUGUGAAUGAGGACUGUUGCUUUCACUCAGAGGGGUUUUCAUCUUUGUUAACACCAGCACCAUAGAGACCAGGACAGAAACGUAACUGGGAGAGCAGAAGGCUCUGGGCCAAAGUGGAGCGAAGGUUUGGUUUCCCUGGCACCAUGCAGUCAGAUGACCUCUUCAUCCGCAAGUUUCGCCGUCAGAAUGUCCGGCCGCCGAUUGCCUCCGUCAGCUUUGACCCCAAACGGGAAGAGGGUGUAGUGGAGUGGCCGCCCAGGAGGGACGGCGACGGAGUUGACGGCGACAGCCUCACUCCGAGCCGCGUGGGCCUGACUCUGAGGGCAGUGGGCCGGGGCCACAUAAUGCAGAGAAGUAACAGCGAUGUAACCCUGGGGGACCUGGACUCCUCUGGUAAAGCAGGGGGGAAAGCAGCACGGGCGGUUGGUGAGAAGGUGGGUGUGGGGGCUCAGGGCGACUCAGGGAUGCUAAUACAUAGGGAAUACGGCAGCCUGUCCUCACUGGAGAGACAGAUUCAAAUCCAGGAGUUGAGCACAGAUGACCAGGGGCCCCUGAGUCCAAAUGCCCUUAGAUUCAAAGACCCUUUCCUGCUUUUAGGCCUGCAGGGCAACCCUCCGGAGCCUGAUGGCUUCUUUCGGGGUCUGUCUGUUACCACAGGGGACUCCCCAAAACCUGCCAAGCCACCAAAGCCUGAGGGUCUGGGUAAGAAGUCCAAACCUGGGCCCCUGCAGAUCCCUCAGCCCGGACCUUAUGACAACAUUGGGGGCGGGGCCUGGGUGAGGAACUUUGCCCACUAUGAUGUUCAGAGCAUCUUGUUUGACCUCACCGAGGCGGCCACCAACAGAGACAGCAUUGGGCGGAAAAAGAACAUCACCUCAGGGGCUUCGGCCGCCUCCCAGCUGCGGCCCCUCUCCCAGGCCACCCCCUCCUCACCUGCACAGGGCGCGGGAGGCAACGGGGGGAAUGCAGAAGACCCUGAGCAGUCGCUGCUGCUGGACGAAGGGGAUGGCAAUGAUAACGAGCUGCUGCUCAGCUGCCCCCACUUUCGCAACGAGACGGGGGGAGAGGAGCAGGUGGGUCUGGGUCGAUCCCAGGACCGGCGGGGACUCUGGUUAAGCCUGCGGACCCCCAACGAUGCCGUGUCCGUUCUGGAGGAGCCCAGAGAGAGUCACAUCCAGCAGCAGGGCAAGAGCAACUACUUUAUCGGGCAUGCAGAUCUGGGAGCCCAUUACUAUCGCAAAUAUUUCUACAUGAAAGAACACCAGAAUUUCUUCGGCAUGGACGACCGCCUCGGCCCGGUGGCCAUCAGCUUCCGUCGAGAGGAGAAGGAGGGAUCCAGUGGAGCCCAGUACAAUUACAGGAUCAUCUUUCGCACCACAGAGAUGAAGACGCUGCGAGGUUCCAUCCUGGAGGAGUCUGUGCCGUCUGCUGCUCGUCACACGACCCCCAGGGGCCUGUCUCCCAAGAGGCUGCUGGAGUUCAUCAUGCCUGAGCUGAACCUGCACUGCCUCCGCUUGGCCUCAAACUCGCCCAAGGUCAGGGACACGCUGCUGAAGCUGGACGAACAGGGGCUGAAUUUCCAGAGAAAGGUCGGGGUGAUGUACUGUCGGGCCGGCCAGAGCUCAGAGGAAGACAUGUACAACAACGAGAGCUCCGGCCCGGCGUUUGAGGAGUUCCUGGAUCUGCUCGGGGAGCGGGUGCGGCUGAAGUGCUGGGAGAAAUACCGAGCGCAGCUGGACAUAAAGACGGAUUCAACUGGAACACACUCCCUCUACACGCGCUACCAGGACUACGAGAUUAUGUUCCAUGUGUCCACUAUGUUGCCCUACACAGCCAACAACACACAACAGUUGCUGAGGAAGCGACACAUCGGAAACGACAUUGUGACGAUCGUUUUCCAGGAGCCAGGUGCUCUGCCCUUCACUCCAAAGUCCAUCCGCUCCCAUUUCCAACAUGUCUUCAUCAUUGUUCAGGUUCAUGAGCCCUGCACGGAGAACACCUACUACAGGGUGGCUGUGACACGCUCGAAAGACAUCCCAUUAAUUGGCCCGUUGUUCCCCAAGGGCGCCCGAUUCCCUCGCUCAGCUGCCUUCAGAGACUUCCUCCUGGCAAAGGCAGUGAACGCUGAAAACGGCGCAGAGAAAUCCGAGAAGUUCCGCUCCAUGGCCACGCGCACGCGGCAAGAAUACCUGAAGGACCUGGCGGAAAACUAUGUGACCACGACACCCAUCGACUCCUCCACCAAGUUCCCCCUGCUCUCCCUGGGUGGCAAGCGCAAGGACAAGCUGAAGGGAGCCAAAGGUGCCGAGUUGCACAGUGCCGGGGCGCUGGUGUGGGCCGUGAUGGUCUACAGCAGAGAUGAGGGGGAGGUGGGAGAGCUCAAGCUCCCCUGUCUGCUGGGGGUGUCGGCCGAGUCGGUGGUGCUCAUCGAGAGGUGCACACGCAAGGUGGUGUUUAACUGCUCCUGCAGAGAUGUCAUUGGAUGGAAAGCCGUGACAGAGACUAAGGAAGGGGGCCCUUGCUUGGAUAUAUUCUAUGAGCGUGGGGAGUCAGUGUCUAUCAGUGUGAUGGAGAGCCAGGUGGAGGACAUACGUGAGGUGGUGCAGAGGCUAGAGCUGGUUACGAGGGGCUGUGAGGCGCUGGAGGUCACCCCUCUGCGCGACGGGGUCGGUCAGCCGGGCUUCCUGAUGAACGAGGAGGGCUUUGUGACGGAGCUGCAGCGGUUCUGCUACGCAGAGAGCGGAGGCCUGCAGCUGUGGGCUCGAGUGGUGCGGCUAUGCGGACACUCGCUGGUUCACCUGAGCCCCGAGGAGAGGACGAGGCUGCUGCGCACGGCGCACAAGAUCCACAUCACUGUCAUACCGCCGGACGAGAACGGCAAGCCUCGCAGAAGUUUCUCUGAGUUGUACCAGAAAGCCAUCAAGGAUGCGGAGUGCAAGCCUGGCGAGGAUCAGUCGGGAGAGGCUUGGGUGCUGGAUGAGAGGGAAGACGAGGAGGAGGACGAGGAGGAGGACGAGGAGGAGGAGGAGGCGAGGAGGACGACCUCAAGGCGGAUGUGGUCAACGAGACAGACGCAAUGGAGGUGCAGCUGGCGGCCGAGGAGGCCCAGGAGGCCGAAGAGGUCGAAGAGAUGCCGUGUGAUGAAGGGCAGAGCGAGAGAAGUCUCGACUCGUUCCUCAUGCCGCAGCUUGCCCUUGUUACGGGCCACAUCGCUGCAGGACCAACCGGCCAAUCAGAGCCAGGAGGGCAGCGCCUCGAAGCUCCCGCGCAGCUUCUCUUUGGAGAGGCAGCCAUCCUUCAGGGACACCUGUGAUGGGCACGUGUACGACAACGUGGAGCUCAAGCCGGAAUGCCACAUCUACGAAAACCUCGGCAAGCUGAGAGACGACACGCCUGAUCUGAUCCUGGCCAUCAAGCCCAAGGUUCCCCUGGAGGACGAACAGUUCAUGGCGGCUGAGUUUGGCGACGACAGGGCAUCGGCGAGCGACUCCUCUCUCUCAUCUUCCCGGUUGUCGUGUGUAGACCGAGCCGAACGAAAUUCACGAGCCCUGAGUCUUCAUAACUCCAUCACCAAGAUUCUCUCAGAGACGACAGAUUCAACGGAGGAGGAGUGGCAGUCCAUCGCUAACCUGGCCACAGCCUGCCGCAGCAUCCUGGAGGCUUUGUCACGAGAGGACCGCAAAGCUGGAGACCCGUCACAAGCAGGAGCUGACCAGACUGAUGGCAAGCGGAGAGACUCAAAGGAGAGUGACUCUCCAGGCCACCUAGAGGAGAAGGUGUCCCAGCUGGAGGCCAUGCUGAAGAAGCUGCAGGAUGACCUGCAAAAGGAGAAGGAGGACAAGGCGGUGCUGCAGGCCGAGGUGCAGAGCCUCAGGCAGAACAAUCAGCGGCUGCAGGAGGAGUCGCAGAGCACGGUGGCCCGCCUCAUCAAAGUCACCGAGCUGCUGUGCAACGUCAACAAGCCCUGCUAGCUCGGCCGCCGCGCGCACAAACGCAUGAGCUGAUCAGCAGACAGAUGCAAAUCGAACAAUGUCCCUGUACGCUCAGUGCACUUGAUUUGUUCAUGCAUAUCUGCAAAGGCAAACACACACCGAUCCUCUUCAGUCUGUGUAUUGGCACAGUCUCUGUCCUGAAACCUGCCUGUUGGUGAGGGAGUAUGCAAAUCAACAUACAAAAGAAAAAAAAAAAAGACAUUUUUAAGAUCCCAUGACCCUCAUAGACUGACCAAUGAGCAGCUCUCAGGCUGCUGUGUUGGCGUGCAAUGCUGGAGUGCUUCUCUUGGUGUGUGUAUAAUACAGUGUGUGUGUGGGUGUGUGUGUGUGUGCGUAUGAAUGUGUGUGUGUGUGUGUGUGUGUGCGUCUUUACGUGUGCAUCUCUUACUGUACUUUGCUUCAAAUACUUGACAAGCUGGGCUGAAUAGCACUUGCAUAAAAAGUGGCAAUUAAGACUGACUGAGAGACACUGUAUAGCAUGUUUAGUGGUGUCUUAUCUGAAAUGACCAAAAGUGUACAUAUAUAUAUGUAUAUAUACAUAUAUAUAUGUAUGUAUGUAUGUAUAUAUAUAUAUUUAUAUAUAUAUCACCAAUAAUGUAUGUGAACAGUAGUAUUGCUCUCCUCUCUCUGCCAGACGUGUAGUUGCAGUGUGGUUCUGCCUGGCGCUGCCUGUGUGGAAAGCCUCGUAUAGAAACACAAAAAGAGAAAAAAAGGGAGCAUGACAGCGGCGAGGCUGUAGGCAGCCUUUUACUCCAAAAGAUGUAAUGAUGCUAACUGAUGUUAGGUCAGUUUCGUAAGGACGCCACCACUCCUGCCCUCUCCACUUCUUAGUAGUACUGUAUUAAAGAGUUUUUAAGGCGAGACACAUAACAAAAAAAACAUAAAUGAAAGGGAUGUAAACUGGAAAACAAAUAACUGGGCAUGUUUUUCUCCCACGUGGAAGUGUGUAUGAAAACAGUGUUGAGUGAAUACCGAAAAAGGUUGAUACCUCUCCCGAAGACACAGGCAGGAACUAGCUGCUUCAGAUUCCUUCCGCUAACGCCUGUAGCUGUCCUCUAACCUCACUAUUGUAGCAGCCAUACUGUAGAAGAUCUCCUGCUGGCCUGAACCACAACAUGCCAAACGGCAGCUUUUCUUUUCAACUCGCAAAAAUAGCUUUACAUGUCUGGACAAAAACACCUUGGACUAAUAGUGGAAUACAGAAUAUUGUAUUGAAAUAUGUUUUUAGUGUUUGGCGGACGUCUACAGUGACUAUUUUUGGGGUAAUAGUGAAGUAAUGCUUAUGAGUGGUAUAGCGGUGAGGACAGUAGGUGAAAUCUUACAACCUGAUGUGUGUUUGUGUGUGUUUCUGUGUCAUUCUUGCACUUUUUCUUUUCUUUUUUUUAAAAUUGUGAAAUCAGCACUGGACAGGGCCCACACUGUAUUUUAUUUAGCCUGCCCGGGUUAUGUCUUGUUCAACAUAAAAAAGGUGGAUAAGUUCCCCCCCCCCUCUCCCCCCUGACGCCACCUUACCUCACCUUUUUUUUUGUUCACGGCUGACGGCGCCGUUCUAUGACUGUGUGUUCAGAGGAGUUGGACUGCUUCUCCUCAGUGCCAACGAAAAAUCCCAGGCAGCUCUCCUGAAACACUCCCAAACAGAACUGACUCAACCACAGACUAACCCCACCCCCACCCCCAUGACCACGAACUCUGAACUCCGACGGAAAAAAGGAUGCCAAACUUUCGCCAGUCACUCGGACUCUCUUAUUUCUUGUACAAACUUCCUCUUGUAAUUUUAUUUUAGAGUCACUGUGAAUACCUGGUACCAGCAUAUUAAGAUACAGUAUAUACAGAUUAAAUUAUGAAUCUAAAACUUUAUCAGUAUGUGAAGAUACUGUAUGUACAGCCGAACUGUUCCAUGUUAUUUAGUGCAUCGGGUUGUGUAUGUCCUCCCUGUGCAGGGUGAUCAUGCAGACGAGGGUUGUCUCAUCCGUCUCAUCUCCUGUACACGCUGAAGCCUUGUAUCUGGACAGGGAGACGAUGAGAAGUGUGAGAAGACCUGUUUUACUGUGUCUUGUAUAGUUAUUUAGAUUGUAGGAGGUUGGUCAAGCAUGAGAAUGUGCCAAGCAACUUCCAAGCUCCCCCUCUGUACGUGUGUAUGUAUAAAAAAAAAAAUGUAACUUAUUAAUCAUGCAAAUGUGGAUUUUCUUGUUGCUGUUGAAACUGGAGGGGAAAAAAAAUAAUGUGAAAAGGGGCAGAAAGGAAGGCGGGCUUGGUGAUCAAUUUUAGUUUUAUUUUGUAGAAAGCCAACAACCGUGAUAUGACACGACAAACUACCAUCUGCAACUAUGGCUGUGGUUCCCCUUGUCGUUCCAGUAUUGAGCUAUUUCAGCUACAGCUCGUACACAUUUAAUAAGGUCUUAAAACACCAUGAGGUACGCCUUAAUGAGUGAAACUCUUAUUUCAGAAUGGAUGGUCAGAACUGGUCGUAUAAAAUGUGAAGGCUUAUUUCUCUGACUUUGUGCCUACCUGAAAAUGUAAUGUAUGUUAAUCCAUCAUAGAGAUCUCCUCUCUUUGUCUUUGGUUGCACUUGCUGAGGUGUUUAUUUGUUUUUGUGGCGGAUGAAGGAUUUUCUCAGAGACCGUCUCAACAUCUGGUCUUUCAUCCGCCGUGCGAGGAAAAGUCAUUGGGUGACACGUGAUCUGAAAGAACAGAUGAUGAUAAUAAUAAUAAUAAUGGUAAUAGAUGUGUGUUGUUGAGCGUCAUUGAAGGUUUACAGCUCCAUGAGUACCACAGAUUGUUAAAAGAGCCGACAAAUAUAUAAUUUUUAAAAGUGAAUUAAAAGGAAAAAGGUGCUUUGAAAAUGAC